UCUCUUUCUUUCUUCAUUUUCCUUCACUUCCAACAUCUUAAUUUGUGACAUUAUCGAUCCUUGAAAAAUGGCUGAAGAAGUUGCCUUCAGUGUCGCAGAACAAGUAAUAACAAAGUUGGGGUCACUUGCUUUCCAAGAAAUUGAAUUGAUAAGUGGUGCCAAAGAUGAUCUGAAGAAGCUUGAAAAUUCUCUCUCCACUAUCAAAGCGGUGCUUAUAGAUGCUGAGGAGAAGCAAGAGAAGAGCCUUGCAGUAAAGAGUUGGCUAAGGAGGCUUCAAGAUAUUGUGUAUGAGGCAGAUGAGUUGGUAGAUGAGGUUGCAACUAAAGACUUGCAGAGGAUGGUGCAAGCCCAAAGCCGAGGAAAAGUUGCAACACAGGUAUGCAACUUUUUUUCUUCCUCAAAUCAAAUUCGCUUUCGAUCAAAGCUGGGCCAUAGAGUUCGGGACAUUAGACAGAAGCUAAACGAGGCGGAAAAUGAAAUUUCUAGCCUCCAUUUAAUGAAGAAAGAAAUAGUAACAGAUGUGAGAGAAAAAAGUAGUGGAAGGGAGACAUCCUCUGUACUGAAAACCUGAUAUGAUAGGAAGGGAAAAAGAUAAGGAAAAAAUGAUUGAGUCAUUGUUGAAUCCAACUGGUAGUCAAGGAAAUGUUUCUGUGAAUGCAAUUGUUGGUAUUGGGGCUUAGGGAAGACUGCA